UUUUCCACACACUAUACCAAAUCCGCGAUGCUUUCUUGAAGGCUCCCGCGUCAUUAUGCUCGCAUUUCUCGUGCGGUUGUCGACUCGGAAAGUAUAUCCUCAGCUUAUCGCCGGGUAACAAAAAUUUCGAUCUUUGGACAUAUUAAAAUUCCCGUUACAAAAUGAUUAAAAUUUUGGCCCUUUUGCUACUCACUUCAGUCUGUGUCAUAAUCAAUGCUCAAGAGACGGCAUCUAAUGAAAAAUCACUUUUUGGUCAAACGUUUGAUGAAAUUAUCGUAUCGUCGGAUUUAAACGUUAGAAGAAAAUCAAAAGAAAAUCGUCAAGGCAAAAGAUUAUCAAAUGUGCCGUCAGCAACUACUGGUCCACCGGAAAGACCGACUGCAAUUGCGUCCAGACUCGUUUUCGCCGAUGGAAGCCGUAUAACGCCAGAAAAAAGGGAGAAACGUGGCAUAACAACGCGAAGGAGGUAUCUGGAUCUGGGCGUCGCGGGAUACUUGCUGAAAUCUCGGAAACGGUGAAAAUUUUAUACUCCGAGGACAACCGCACGACCCUCCACACCCUCAUCUGUGAUCACACUUCUUUGGAUGAACUUUUAGGCCACGGUUCAUGUACAAAAAGGAUAAUAAAAUUUUUCUGUGUCAUAACA